AAAUAAAGAGUAAAAAACUAACAUCGUUGUCUUUUUGACCGCCCCCACCCAGGUAGUACAGGAUCCAGCCGUGCCUCAUUCCAUCUCGCUCCCUCCCAAAAAAACUGGAGUCUGGCUUGACACAAGUCCCAAACUGGAUAUGGCAGGAAAAGCAAAUAUGGAUACGGAGGAGAAAGGAGAGAGGAGACUUGCAAGAGCACAAGUGCUUUUUACUUAACUUCAGCGUCUAGGGAGAGCUGGACUAUACAAAGGAGAAAGGUGGACUCUUCAAACAUUUCCUCUUUUGUUUAAUUUUUUAAAGAUGGUCACAUUUUCUGCUCUUCCCUGUUUACGUGCUUAGAAAAAGAUACGACUUGUUGUGACUUUGCGCCCUCUCGAAACGUCAUGCAUGAGACCAUAAAAUGUAGCCGUAGGCGUGAAAAAAAAAUAUUACGUGGCUUUCUCAUAUAUGGGCGGUGCAGCUGUGUAGUACCUCUAGAUCUGAACACAUUUCUCGUUCAAUGCUAUUUUCUAUCGAGAUCAAGAACAAGUAAUUGGGAAAAUAAUUUUCUGAACUAUUGGAUCCAUCUUAUAAUAUGUUCCUGGAGAUCUGGAAGAUGCGGUUCUCAUUAGUGGCAUGUCUAUUUUUUUUACACAUCUGUUGUCUGGCUGUGGGAAACGAUCGUUCUCCGAGGAUGAUAUUCACAGAGAAAGAAGCUGCAAUGAAUAGGUUAGAUCUUCUUCAUGGUCCACCUGUGCGGAUUCUUCUAGAAGAGAAGCCGGACACUGUCUUAGCUGUUGGAAAAACAUACCUAAAUACCUACAACAUUAAAAACCAGAACAAGAAUCAAACACGUAUGCAGUUGGAGAAUUGCAACAGGAAUUGCAGCUAUGACAUCACUUUGGCCCACCUUAUGGAAGAUGCUAAAAAGUUGUUUGUGUGUGGAACCAUUCACGAUGAAACAGUUUGCUGUAACUCGAAUUUAACAGAGCAGCCACCAAUAUGCAAGGAUAUAAAAGAUAUAAGCUCAUUUAACAUAAAGGAGGGUGACCUGUCGGCCCUUGCAGAAUCUAAACAAAGUACAGAUCUCUACAUAACACGCUCUGGAUCUGAUGAAUCUGUUGGCAUUCACAAAUUUGGUAAAGCAAGAGUGGGGCCAAAGAACCACCAUAAAGAGCAGCACUAUGUAGGAUUGGUGCUCAGCAAACGUGAAGAGGAUCCCUCCCAGAACAGAGUUUAUGGCUUCUAUAGGGAGAAAACCAAAGACGAUGGACUGUUCAGUGAAAUGUGGCUCCCCUUUGUGACCCAGGUUUGCAUGACAGAUGUUGGUGGUCCUAAGAACAACUUGCAGUAUACUUGGACAUCCCAGAUGAAUGCCAGGCUCUUCUGUGGAGAUCAGGAGAGAAAACAGCAUUUCUCUGAGCUGGUGGAUGUUUCCACUGUGGAUGCAGAUCGAUGGCAGUAUACAAAGAUCUAUGCACUCUUUAGAAAUGAAUGGGGGAUGAGUGCUGUCUGUGUCUACACGAUUGAAGACAUCAGCAAAAUCUUCGAAAACUCUCCUUUCAAUGGCUACACAAAAAAACAAAUGGACAGACCAAGGAUGUGCGCUCCUGAUAGCUCCAAGCUUUCAGUGGACACCCUGAAGAACAUUGACAAGACUUCAGAGAUGGAGCAGUUGGUUCAUCCUGUCGGCAACCCUGGCCUUCUUUUCUUUAAUCAUCGCAACUAUACCCACAUCCAAGUUGACAGUAAACCAAAACAAAAUGUAGUGUCAUAUAAGGUAACAGAUCCAGAGAGUGAGUGGGAUGGCAGAGGUGGGUUAGAGUGGUUACAGUUUUUAACUGUUAGUCAUUUCCUCCCUCACCCCUCACCCCCAUUGUGUCUUUCCACAGAUAAUGGAGGGAUUCACAAGGUGCUGCAGAAUGAAAGUCACACCUUUGUAAUUGCUGAGUAUCAACCAUUCAAACAAAAAGCACAUGUUCUCAGCAUCAUCCUUCAGUCUACCUUUAAAAAGCUCUAUGUGAACAAUGGAAGUCAACUGGUCCAACUUGAUGUAGCAGACUGUUCCCAGUAUGGAGACACCUGCCAGGACUGUAUGUUAUCCAGAGAUCCUUACUGUGGCUGGAAUGGCACCCAGUGCAUACGUGAAACAGAGGGGAGCUGGCAUGAUGCAGCCACUGGGAACCUUUCCAUCUGUAAUGAGCACAAUGCAUCAAAUUAUAAAGGUGACCCAGUCCCAGUCCCGCGUUACUCAAAGUAUUUCCUUCAAUGCCCAGUGUCAUCCCGUCAUGCUCAGUACAGCUGGCAGCACGAUGAAAACUCUACAGCCUGUAGCUCGGGGAAAGAGCAGUGCCUUUAUCUGAUUGACAACAUGGACAGUGAGUGCAAGGGAACUUACAAAUGUAUAUCACAGGAGAUGGGUUACAGUAAAGUCCUGGUACAGUAUGAACUACAGGUGGAGAAUGACGCGAAGACCCAACCGUACAAACGACUGUGGCCGAAUAAGGCAGAGGGCCGAAAGACAAGCCCAGUGAUCUGGGUUUGUCUAAUGAUGGCUCUGAUUAAGAGUUUGUCCUUUUAGUUCCUCAGUGAUGUAAGUUAGAGGCUAAAUCUGUGAUAUUCUAAAAUCUUAAAUUUGUUACAAUUACUGUUUUUUCAGUGACAGUUAUUGUUUCUUUCCUUCCAUUAAUUAACUGCACUUCCGACAUCUGUGUAAACAUCUGUAACAGCUGUGGCUCAGACGGGUAAUGCAAGCCAUUCGUGUUAUUUUGUUUGGUUUUUCCAGUGCAAUAUUAACUCUCUGGAAUAUAUGUCGUUUUUUUUAAACAAAUAAUGACCUUAUGAAUUGUAUGAAAAUGUAAACGUUCUUUUAACUCUUUCUUCACAAAUUGCUGAGAAGCCCUUAUGUGUUUUGAAAAGACUGCCAGUGUUUUAGAGCAUUUUUAUUCAUGUACGUGAUGCAAUAUGAAACUUUCUAUUUCUAAUCUUUACUGUUAUUGACGUGCUGUGAAAAAAUAUUUGGCCCCUUCGUGAUUUUUUUUAAAGUUUUUUGUGAAAAAGUAACUGGUUCUGCCAACCUUUGCAGCAAGAACUGAAAUCAAGUAAUUGCAAUAAUUGGCAAUCACAUCACUGUAGAGACAUUUUUGACCAUUCUUUUUUGCAUAAUUGUUUUAAAUCAGACACAUUAUUUUGUGGAGUGGCCUUGAGCCAAUCAGAGAGGAAUUUGCUAGUGUGUUUCUGAUCAUUCUCCUGCUGCAUAACCCAAGUGCACCUGAGCUUCCGGUUACAAAUUUAUGGCCUUACAUUCUCCUUCAGGAUCCUCUGGUAGAGAUCAGAAUUCAUGGUUCUGUUAUGGCUAGUCAUCCAGGUCCCCAGGCAAUCACACUUCCCACCACUAUGUUGUUUCUCAGCUGUGUCUUUAGAUUGUUGCCUGAUGGGUUGCUUUUUGAGAUCUUUUAGCUGCUUCUCUUUGUCAGACAGGCUCUAUUUAAGUGAACCUUUGUCUAAAGUUUGCUUGAUGAUCUGAAACAUUUAAGUGUAACAAAUAUGGAAGUGAAUACUUUUUCACAGCACUGAAUGUUACAUCGGUUUCCUGUAAUGUGAAAUUUUAUCUGAAUGUAUGUUUCGCACUUUAAAAAUUCCUGUCAUGUCUGCUACCUCAAGCGUUAGAUUUCACAAGACUGAGACACUGUGUCAGUUUUAACAUUCACAUAUCUUUUGUUAAUAGCAGCUAUUGUUGAAGGCUGUUUCUGCAUCAACGUAUUUUUUUGUCCCUCAGGUUUCAAAUUGCAAAUAAGUUGCUGCACUGCCAAAUACUUGAGCUGACAGUACAAAGGUCAAAUGCCAAAUUAAUUUUAUUAGAUCUUUUGUUCUGUGACGCCUAGCAAAAUACAGGAGAGAAUACAGUGUGUUAUUAAAUUCAUGCUGUGCUGCAAAAUUACCAAAAUACUCACUUUCUGAUUUCUAAUUUGGCCCAACACAGCAAGCUUUUCCACAUUUAGUAAUCGCAGGCCAUAAAUUAUUUGUAGUUAAUUAUAUUUCAUUUGUUUGCUUUUAUCUUUUUUGUAUUUAUUUGUUUGAUCCGUGGUUUUAUUUUGCUUAUUUUAAACUUGCACUUCGGCCGGCCUUGUUACCUUUAAAUAUGCCAUCAUUAAUGAAAUUGACCACUGGGUGGAUGGAUGUGUGGGGCUGUUUGUAAAUGGAGGUUGUAAAUACAGGGUUGUGUGUGUGUGUGUGUGUGUGUGUGCAUUUUCAUGCAAAUCUUUCAUAAUCUAUUCAGUACCACUGAAUUUCACUUUUGAAUUUUGAGCUUUUGAACUGAUCUGUACGUUUAAAAAAACAUACAUCUUAUAUUAUGUAUAUAGUUUUUCCAUCUCUAUAUAAGGAUAAUUCUUUUUUUAUGCUGCAACUUCCUUCCUUUUUUUAUACCGAGUUUAGUUCGUCAAAACCUGACUAAAUCACAACUUUAAAAAGAGAAUAGCUGCCACCAUGAAUCAUUUCCAUGUUUCAGUCUCAGAGGAACUGUGAUAUUUACCUUCCUUAAAACAUACCUGUAUUGAAAAAGCACACACACACAGUUUAGAAGUAAUUAACUUUUAUACCACAAGUUGCAUACGAAAGUUGAAUGUACAUAUUGUAAUGCUACACACCAGUUAUUGAAUGUUCCGCCUGAGUGUUUUCAGCAUCAUCAUUAUGACACUGUGAAACUAAACGUGACAUUCUGACUGAGAACCAGUUACUCUGGAAAAAUGCCAGCCGAUGAGAAUACAAUCAUAGGGUAGUGAAGCCUGUUCUGCAGACACUUAAUAGGGAUUCAGGGUCACAGGAGGCUGGAACCUAUCCCAGCUGUAAAACAGU